UCAUGGAGUGUACCUAGUUAUAUUCCAUCAGACUAUCCCAUUAUCACAUAUGAGAUAGGAUAUCAUACCUCACAGUCUGGUAGCUGUUUGAUGGUAGAUGAUAAUAACAUUUUAUCUAAAAUAUUACAAUUCCGUAAUUCAACAAAUGGGAAUACAUUUAGUGUCAUUACUGGUCUUAUUGAUGAGUCUUGUUAUAUUUUUGGUGUACGUGCAUACACUGAUAAUGGAUAUGGAGAAUGGACAGUUAUCGCUAAUGAAACAUUAAAACUACCACCAUCAUCAUCAACUAGUGAUACAUCAGACAGUGUCAUUGCUCUUAGUGUGUUAGUGGGUAUAUUGUGUGGUCUAUUAACUGUCAGUGUUAUUAUUAAUAUCUACUGCUUUAUAAGAAAGAAAAGUCCAUGUACUAUCAAUAAACAAACAAAAGCUGAUGAUGAUAUUUCAAUGCAAGUAUGUGAACCAUAUGGAAUCCACGAGACUAAACUAAGUGAAGAGAAUGAAGGAGUCUAUGAUGAAUGUCAAGCAUCACCUGAAGUUGUCUAUGAACAUAUGCCGCAAUAAAUGUACUAUAGCAACUUAAGAGUAACUCUUAAAAUAUUUUCACUAGCUUUAGUGUAGCAAUUUGUUUUACACAAUAGUUAUACAGUA